CGAAAAAGCAAGACAAGAAUGGCAGUUGAUCUCAGAAGAGUCAUGCCUCAUCUAAUGCUGAUAGCUGUUCUGAUGGUGUUUGCUCAAGUUGGCGUCAUCUGCACUUUUAGCUGUGAUGAAGGCCAUGAGCUGCAAGGCGAAUCCAGCAUGGAAUGUUCUCUCCAAGGCCAAUGGAGCGUCACACCACCAACCUGCACAGCUGUAAGAUGUCUGGCGCUUGAGUCUCCGGAAAACGGUCAUGUGAACUGUUCAAACAGUGAGCCAGUUUACAACACACAGUGCUCCUUCACAUGUGAUCAAGAUUUCUCCUUAGAGGGACAUGAGCUGCUGACUUGUGAUCAUCAUGGCAACUGGACAGGCGAAAAGCCCACCUGUCAAGCUCCCUCAGCUCCAGUUGCUGCUGUUGCCUCUGGUGUGGCAGCAGGGGGCACUGCCUUAUUAUCUGGCAUCUCUCUGACUUUGUGGAUCUUGAAACGACUGAAGCAGAGGGGAAGCAAGUUUGAGCUGAACAGCAACUCCGACAUAGAUCCACCCCCACAGGUCUACAAAAACAGCAUCGACAGCCUCAUUUAAAUUGCAUUCUUACAAGGACAUUGUAAACAUGACUACAUACCCAUCAUAGUAAUGUGAAUAUUUUUUACCAUUAGCAUGAAACAUGUUGGCAGGCUUGAGGAUGCUACGGGCAGAUGGAGACAUGCUCCUGGGGGUUGAAGUUUACAUCCCUCCCUGAGCGAACAAGGACACCAUACAACACGAUCUAUGUCACUGUUGUUAUGCAACUGACCAGACAAGUGGAUCAUCUUGGUCACAGUUUUGCCAACUGCUUUUGUACAUUUGUUCAUAAUGCUAAUUCUGUAAUUUUUUUGAUUAGACUGUUUAUUUUAUUUUACUAGAUCAUACUUAUUUAAAUUUAAUUUUUUAUCUAAUCUUGAUUUAUUUUAUCUUUCUUUUUACUUGUGUUUCUUUUAUGUAAGAAGCUAAGCUACUUCUAAAAUCAAUAUGGCAUUCAGAGCAUUGAGGGUGGAUUGUCAUGUCAUUGCGGAACUGUGAAUACGUUCACUGUAUUAUCACAGUAUUUAUGUGCUAUUUAUUUAAUAUGCCUAUUACAUAUGAAAUGUUACUCAGAUGUCUCUGUAUCUAAAGCAGCACCGACUUUUGCUCAACUUGUAACAACUCAGCCUAUCAUGUUUUAUAUCUGAAUCUGUGCAUGUUUGUUCUGGUUUUCGCACAAACCAAAUAAACUCUGUUAAAUGAAAA